AUGCUGACUCAGAUGAGGCAUAUGGGACUAGAAAGCUGGCAAAUGAGUUUGUUGUUUAUUCGGGAACUAAGGAAAGGAGGUGCAGCUAGGGGUGGACAAGAAACCGAUAAAACCGAAUACAAAAAUGGACAAACGGUUGGGUCUGGUCGGGUUGUCAGCAUUUCAUUGGCGCUUUCAUAUACAUCAUGGCAAAAAAUACACGUAUGA